GAGAGCAGCGAAGGGAGAGAGAGAGAGAGAGAGAGAGAGAGAGAGAGAGAGAGAGAGACCAGCCCACUCCGGUAAAACCAUUCAACUGGUGAACGAGGGAACGCAUUCAAGACACAGAGAGAGAGAGAGAGAGAGAGAGAGAGAGAGCAAAAGAGGUGGACUGUGAGCUGAGCUGAACUUUGCAGCGUCCAAACUUCUGAGGAGGAGAGCGAGAGACAGUCGGAGCGAGAGGAGGCAGAGAGGAAACAGACUCUGUCUUCAUCCAGGACUGAAUUUUUCUUCACAAACACUUUUUAGCCAAAACUCGACUUUUCUUCAUCUUUUUUCGUGUCUGCAUCCGGCGGCAGCAUCACCAAAAAUCCAGCCCGGCAGCCAAUCAGGCGUCUUCUGUCAUCAUGUCUGUCUUACCUCUGCUCAGCUGGAUCGUCCUGCUGCUGCUGGUCCAGAGCUGCAGCUCGUCUUCGGACCCGGCGUCCAAACUCCAGCCUCCGCCGCUCUCUCUGAGCGUCCACCCUCAUCAGCAGCAGCUCCCGCUGGACGCCGCCUCCAGCUCCCACUGCCCCUCCUGCGCCCUGGCCAGGAUGCGCAGAAGCGAAGGGGGUACGACGGCGGCUGCGGCGGACGACAUGGCGGGACACGACAGAGAGGAGGAGGAGGCGGCUCAGCAGGACGUGGUGGAGGCGGUGAAGAGACACAUCCUCAACAUGCUGCACCUCCAGGCCCGGCCUAACAUCACCCGGCCUGUGCCGCGCGCCGCGCUCCUCAACGCCCUGCGCAAGCUCCACGUGGGGCGGGUGGCGGAGGACGGCAGCGUGCAGAUCGAGGGGGAGGAGGAGGCGCGUGGAGGGCGGGGAGGAGGAGGAGGAGGAGGGGGAGGAGCAGCGACGGCAGCACGGAUGGAAGACAGCAGCGACGCGCAGGAGACGACGGAGAUCAUCACCUUCGCCGAGGCUGGUGAGUCUCAGGGCCUGGUGAACUUCGUCCUCUCUAAAGAAGGUGGUGAUCUGUCUCUGGUGGAGCAGGCCAACGUCUGGCUCUUCCUCCGUUUGGCGAAGACCAACCGCAGCCGAGCCAAGGUCACCAUCCGUCUUUUCCAGCAGCGCCGGCUCCCCAGCGGAAGUGCGUCUCUGCCGGAGGACGACAUCCUCCUGGCGGAGAAAACGGUGGACACCCGUCGCAGCGGCUGGCACACCUUCCCCGUGUCGGCGGCGGUCCAGAUGCUGCUGGAGAGCCGAGAGAGCACGACGCUGAGCCUCCGGGUGUCCUGCCCGCUCUGCGCCGACGCCGGCGCCACACUCGUCCUCGUCUCCGGCGGCUCAGAGACGUCGCAGCGCGCCAACCAACGGGAACAAUCCCACCGGCCCUUCCUCAUGGCGGUGGUCCGGCAGGGGGACGGCAGCGACACGCGGCGGCGGAGGAAGCGCGGGCUGGAGUGUGACGGGAAAGUCCGCGUCUGCUGCAAACGACAGUUCUACGUCAACUUCAAAGACAUCGGCUGGAACGAUUGGAUAAUCGCGCCACCUGGUUACCACGCCAACUACUGCGAGGGCGAGUGCCCCUCCCACGUGGCGAGCAUCACCGGGUCCACGUUGUCCUUCCACUCCACCGUCAUCAGCCAUUACCGCAUGAGGGGCUACAGCCCCUUCCAGAACCUGCGGUCGUGCUGCGUGCCCACCCGGCUACGCGCCAUGUCCAUGCUCUACUACAACGAGGAGCAAAAGAUCAUCAAGAAGGACAUCCAGAACAUGAUCGUGGAGGAGUGCGGCUGCUCGUAAAGAUACAAAACCUGAACCGGAUCAGUCCGGACCGAACUGGACUGGACAGGACGGGGGGGAGCGGGAGGACGUCUGAUCCCAGACAGAGAGAGAGAGAGAGAGAGGAGGAGGAGAUGGAGGGAGGAGAGGAAGAUGAACAGGUGACUUUUAUGAUCCUCAUCACGUUUCGUUCUUCUUCACCUCCUCCCUUCCCUGCGUCGCUCUCUGGGAACAAAAAAAAAAAACUCUUCUCCGUCCUCGUCCAGCUGAACUCAGAGAGAGUCUUGAUGGCACUUUCAGAAAAAAAAAGAAAAGAAAAAAAGAUAGAAAAAAAAGAAUAUCUAAUAUAUUUUUGUUACAAACGGAGGGAGCGAGGCUUAUUUAUGUGGCUGAGACGUUCAAGCACCACUCGACCAGUCAGACCUUGGAGAGACGAGGUGCCUGAAAAAACUACGAAAAAAAAAAAAUCUCAAAACUAUGCAACUUGUUUCACGUAUUAUGAUCUUAUUGUAUUUUACUUUGUUUUUUCGUUUGUUUGUUUCCCAACUGUUUACUUUUUUCAAAAUGUACGAGGAA